CACUUAAAAGAGCCGGCUCUUUGAACCAGCUCGUUCGUGACUACACAUCACUAAUGUUAGCAGCUAAGCUAGUCAUGAGCUAACCGUCCGAGUAGACUCCUCUCUGACAUUUCAUAUCUAAAGUCUACAUCCAGUAACUGAGGGAGUCAUUUAAGAGGUGAGCAUCAUGGGUGAACCCCAGCAGGUUAGUGCCCUGCCUCCUCCACCUAUGCAGUACAUCAAAGAGUACACAGAUGAAAACAUCCGCAAGGGUCUGGCUCCUAAGCCACCUCCACCCAUCAGAGACACCUACAUGAUGUUUGGCAACCAGUUCCAGUGUGAUGACCUCAUCAUCCGACCACUGGAGAGCCAAGGCAUCGAGAGGCUCCAUCCGAUGCAGUUUGACCACAAGCGGGAGCUCAAGAAGCUCAACAUGUCCAUUCUCGUGAACUUUCUGGAUCUGCUGGACAUCCUCAUCAAGAGCCCUGGCAGUAUAAAGCGCGAAGAGAAGCUGGAGGACUUGAAGCUUCUGUUUGUUCAUUUGCACCACCUGAUAAAUGAGUACAGGCCACAUCAAGCCAGGGAGACGUUGAGGGUGAUGAUGGAAGUGCAGAAGAGACAGAGGCUUGAGACUGCCGAGAGGUUCCAGAAACAUCUGGAGAGGGUGGUGGAGAUGAUCCAGGGGUGCCUCGCCUCCUUACCCGACGACCUGCCACAGAUGGAGGGUGCGGAUGGUGCUGGUGAUGGGACGAGGAAUGCGCCUGCAGCAGCUAGUGGUGGUUGUUCCUCUGGGCAGGCCCCCAGGCUGAAAACUGAACCAAUGGAUGUAGAGGACGCAGGUGCCAGCUGUAUGGCAGCAGGUCACCAGGACAAGAGCACCCCUAUUUCAAAGAGGCACAAAAUGUGGGACAAGGAUUCCGCCAUGUGCAGUAUUAUUGAUGAAAUAGCUUAAGUUUUCAUUUUUUAGUAGUCGUGUUUCGUUUUUGUACACCUAAACUGUGUUUUUUGUUUUGUUUUUUGUAUGCUGAACUUAAAGUAUGCAAAUGUCUGCUGUGUUUUCACUUGGCCUGAAAUCCUAUCUGGAGCUGAAAGCCAUUAUGUAGGUAUUAUUAGUAGUUCCUGUGAAGAUAUUUGAAGAAUGUAAAUAUUGCACAGAUGAACUGGGGUGCCAACUUUCACUUUUUGUAAUAAAACCAAUAAAUAAAUUUUCCAAUUGCAGAAGGGG